AUGGCAGAGGUCGGUCAGCGGCUGAGGAGCGGUGCUUACCGGCUGUGCUCCCUCAGGAACAGACAGGGUCGGCUGGUUUGCGCCGCAGGAAGUCCCGGAUCUCUGCUGGUCAACUUCUCCUUCAGAGACAGCGGCAUAAAAGAGGAACCAGCACAGGAUCAAGGUGAAGAGCAGCCAGUGACAAAAAGCAAAGCAACACAGCGCAGAUCUGCGAAAGUCUCCAGAGUGCGAGCAAGCGGAAGUCAACAGGAAAAUGGAAAUUUGCGUUGGACCACAUCUUUGGAGCUGGAUUCAUCCCGUUUCCUCGGGUAUGUUCAAACAAGAGAGAGUCUGCAAGCUUAUAAAACAGCCAUGUACCUCUCAGCUAGGCUGCAGCCUGUCCUCCAGGAGAGGCUGCUGCCCGGCAGGAUGACAUCCUGGACCAAGGGAGCUGUCUCCAUCCACCCUGACACCUUCAGGUCCCCUCAGCAGCUUCGAGCUUUCUGUACUGUCAUCUUCAUUCUGGCAGAGCAGGGAUCAGAGAGGCCAGGUCCUGGGCUGAGACCGAGGCACCUAAAACUGCAAGCAUCAACAACGAGUAGAAGCUACAGCUGGAGGAGUGACAGCAGCUCAAAAGAUGCUCCUCCGCUCUACAGAAGCAGGACAGCCUAUUACGAUAUCCUCAGAGUGUCCCCCGGUGCCACACAGUCCCAGAUCAAGACUGCCUACUACAAGCAGUCCUUCAUCUACCACCCUGACAAGAACCCAGCUAACAAGGAGGCCACGCAGCGUUUCUCUGAGAUCAGCGAGGCCUACACGGUGCUGGGCAACAUCAGCCUGAGGAGGAAGUACGACCGGGGUAUUCUGAGCCAGUCAGAUGUUCAACAUGCAGGGAGACCGUCCUCCAAAGAGACCACGAGCAGAUCCACGGGCUCCCCCCAGCAGCAGCACCAGCAGCAGCAUCAACACAGAGCCAGGCGGUCCUCCAAAGCUUGGGGCAAGACCAUGUUUGACUUUGACGCCUUUUAUCAGGCUCACUAUGGGGAGCAGCUGCAGAGGGAGAAGGACAUGAGAGCUAGGAAGCAGCGCAUGCAGGAGGAGCGGGAGGACUAUCUUACCAAGUGGAGGCAGAGUAAAGUGGCGGAGAUGACUUUGGCGAUGCUGCUGAUCAUGGCAGGCCUCAUUUUUAUGAAUCUCAGCAAGCCCUGAAAUGGAAGCAGUCCCAAUGGCGUCUCAUGAUAAGAGUCUCAGUGGGCGGACGAAGGGGGGGGGGGCUACCUCAAACUGUACUGCAACAGGUUCUGACAGUUGAUGAUGAUGAUGAUGAUGAUUGUUAUUAUUGUAUUGCAGGAGUAAAAAAAAGUGAGCUCACUGUGUCUCAUUUGUCAGAAGCCACAGACGGACACACAAGCUAAGACAUCAUAUUUCACAUUUAUUGUCAUUCUAACAUUUCAUUCAUCACACCGUCACAAACUCAUUAAAGCUCGUUAAAGCUGUUAAAGCUCUUACUUCUUUGCUCAGACGUUUUAUCCUUUGCAGGAGCAAACCUGAUGGAGAUGUGUCAUUGGUUUUGUCUCUGUACCAUCAACAAAACACAAAUUUAUUUACUUUCUGUCGGUGUGAAGCCAAAUAACCUAGCUCAAGUGAAAUUCUGUUCAUCCAAAUGCUGCACAAGGAUGAGAAAACUUCCUCCUCCUUUCCCUACACGCUGGAUCUGUACUGAAGACUACUGAGGUGUGCAAUUUUUUUCUUAUAACAAAGAUUUGUUAUUAGAAAUUAAUGCACUUUGACGCCUUCCUCCAGGUGUUUAGGUGUGUUUAUGUUUAUGUACUGUACAAACAAGAUGCCACAUUAUACAUAGAUUAUUUUGUCUGAAGGGAAACGUAGUCACAAAUAGAAUAGUUUUCCCUGCAGUAUAAGAUCUGACCACUAGAGGGCAUCUGAACACAGCAAAAUGAUCUCCAGUUAGCGAGUUUAAACUGUGUGUGGGAGGAAAUUAGUGCAUGUUAUGGAGGUCUCUGCUGUUGAUAGUGUGACUAUUUAUUUUAUCCAGUGUCCCUGAAGAGGCUGCAUAUCAGAAACAUGAAACCUAGUAAAUGUCUGAUUAUGCUAUCGGUCUUCAAACACACUGAAUGUAUAAUGAGCAUUGCAUUCAGACUUAAAUAUAGAAUGUUGGCUGACUCUGUUUAAUAUGAAUUGAAUAAAAAAAAAACAUGACAGUUCACAUUCUGUUGUUAAUACAGCUGAAUGAAUAAA